AUGCCAGUCUCGACACACACACCGUCCUCGCAUUCUAGUCGACACCUAGCAACGCCACAACACGAUAACGACCCUCCAAAGACACCCAAGACACCCAAACAUCAUAUCUUCCAACACAAACCUCUCAGCACUGUUAAUCUUAAUGAUCCCACCCAACCACCACCGCUUACGCCUACAGGCCUACGCGCCCAAUUUAACCAUCUCAGGCCGCGUCACGCCUAUUUUCACGUCAAGGUGCAGAUACACCAGAUAUCCAGCGUCCCCCUCAUGAGAGGCGAGUUUGGCGUGCGCUGGAAGUUUAAGGGCGUGCGCACCCCUCCUGGGACGAAGCAUGGGCCAGGGUUUCUGGGGAUCGUUAGGUCGCGUUCGCGGGCUGGGAGGCUGCGGUGCGAUUCUAGUAUUACUAGUAAAGGCAAAGCAAAGGAAGACGAAGAUGUGGAGAGCCUCGAGAGCGGGGAAAGUCGUCAUGGUCAUCAUGAUGCGUCGGUGUCGUCUCUGAAGGAAUUUGGGAUGGGCAGCACUCCAAGCGUUCAGACCCACCGAUUUGGUUCCCGGACAUCUGCACAGACGACAUCAAGCCACGCCUCGUCGUCCUUGAGGGAGUUUGGAAGCGCAUCAGAGACGUUGAGCGUUCACACCCAUCGAUCUGCAUCGGGGGCAUCUACACAGACGACGUCAAGCCACGUCUCUUCCUCGUCCAACCACACAUCCUUUAACCCCGAACAACAUCUCUCAGCAGACUGGAGCGCCACCUCUUCCACCCUCUUCUCUGCGUCUCCCUCUGCCAACGCCUCCCGCGUAACCAUUUCACAAGGCGCCACCUCCUCCGGUUCGACAUUUGCCUUCCCCACUCCCUCCUGCCCCACUGCCUCAUCCCCGCCCUCCCCCGCACGCGGCAUGACGCCCUUCCUUAAGUUGAAGGAUCACGCCGUGAUAUGGCAGCACACACUCUCUACGACGCUUAGAUUUGACAUCGAACGAGACACCCUGGGACUUCUUCCCAACCCGCUUAAAUUGGUGGUGAUGCAGCGCGUAAUUCCCGACGAUCCAGAUGGAAAUCCGAGUAAUCCGCGCUUGGGGGCGGUUUAUCUGAACCUUGCGGAAUAUGUUGGCCAGGGGAGCGUAGAGCGGAGAUAUCUGUUGAGAGAGAGUAAGACGAAUGCUACCUUGAAGUUAACGAUCGAACUGGAACAUAUCGGCGGCGAAACACAGUACAUCCCACCUCCUCUCCCGAAGGGCGAAAUCCUAACGGGCAUCGCUGGGUUCUUGGAGAACGACGCGUAUCGUAAACGACCCCGGGAGCUCGACCUCUAUGGGCCUUACCAAAAUCAGGAAGAGCUCGAGUUUGAUUUGCUUGGGGGCCCGCUACGGACUGUGAGGGCGCCGAAGACGGCGAAGUCUAGGCAUGCGGACAUCAGUCGGGAUCUAGAUCAAGACGUCGAUGCUGAUUUGAACCAGGAUGGAGAAGAAGAAGGUGAAGGCGAAGGGGAAGGCGAAGCAUUCGACGUACACAGACUCCACGUCGCCUACGGACCCAAAACGACCGAAGCCCUCAUCGAAGCGCUCUUCAACCCCGUGAAGACGUCCGAGAAGAGGAGGGAAUCGCCGUUCACCUACUACGAACCCAAAACGAAGAAACCUUCCGCUUCCGAGUCGAAGAAACCAGUAGGGCUCGGUUUGUCAAUACCAGACUUGGAGGGGGAGGGGGAGAAAGACGCGACGAUCGGGCGGAGGGCAGGCUCGAACUCGAAUCCCACCCACAUCACAUACACGCCUCUGCACCCUUCGAUAGAAGGGAGCAUGAAGAAGAAGAAGAACCAGAAGGCGGGGUCGGUGUGUAGCGCCAGCACCACGUCAAGCAGCAGCGCGAGCGUGCGUACCACCUCAUCCUCGUCGGCGAAGUCGAAAAAGUCGUCUCCGUCCGUGAGGUCGAGCGUGAAUCAUGUGCAUGCAGCGCCGGAGGGGAGGGUGGUGGUUGAGAAGGAUGGGGUUGUGCAUGGGGGUGUGGUAGGGGCGGGGUUGGGGUUGGAUGCGCAUUUGGAGGGUGGUGGUGGGCAUGGUGUUAGGGCGUGGUGGAGGAAGGUUGCGUCUAGGCCUGGGACGCCGACUCUCAGGUAG